AUUAUCUCCUUUUUUAAUCUUCAAGCUUUUGCUAUGCUAAUAAUGGCUGCCUGCAUUUCAGCGGCAACGCCUUCAUCUUUGAUCCUCUCAUCUGAAUUAUUAACAAGUAAAGGAGAUAAACCCGUUUCUUUAUCAUGGUCUUCCUCCUUUCAACACCUCAAGCUUUCAAUUCCAGCCACUUCAACUAUCACUCUCAACAAGGGGCUUGUUGUUGAAGCUGCUUGGACCCGGAGGUCUCGUAGUGAAGCUGCUAAGAGGCCUAACAGAAAAUCAUGGAAACAAAGGACAGAUAUGUAUAUGAGACCAUUUCUAUUGAACAUUUUCUUUUCCAAAAGAUUUAUCCAUGCAAAAGUUAUGCAUCGAGCAACCAGCAAAGUGAUAUCGGUGGCUACAACAAAUUCUAGGGAUCUCAGAAACACAUUACCAUCCCUCACUGACAACAAUGCAUGUCGAGUAAUAGGAAAGCUGAUUGCUGAGCGGUCAAAGGAAGCCGACGUGUUUGCAAUGUCAUAUGAGCCCAACAAAAAUGAACGGAUCGAGGGUAGACUUGCUAUCAUUCUUGAUACCAUCCAGGAGAAUGACAUCAUAUUUGUUUGACAUUUUACACUUGGAAUUUUGGGAUUUGCGCUACCACUCCAUAUAUCUCUAGGCUAGCUUAAUGUAAUGUAAAUUUUGCCGAUUUGGACAGGUGUGGGUUGUAUUUUCUAGCUAGUUCUUGUUUGUUCUUUAGAGCUGUUACUCUUAAACAAUUCCCCUUCAUCUCCUUGUUUGUUUGAGAUUGUCGAAAAAGAAAGUACAAAAUGUAGCCAUGGCCGAAGACAUUUAGCUAGCAGGAUCAAGAUUAGGUGUUCUGGAGUCGAUAUUUAGGAUCAAGACUGUGCAUGUCUUCUUGUGUUCUGAUAUUUGACUGACCAAAACAGAUUUAAGCUAUGUGAUAGAAAAGGAAGGUAUGGCCAAAGACAUCUAACAAGGAUCAAUAUUGGACUCUGUGGAGGUGUAAUUUGGUGAGCAUGAUAUCAGUAUUCUCGUCUUUUCUUUAUGCACACUCCUGCUACGAAAAAUUGAAGCAAAUUAAGUAUGCAGUGUUUCUUGUU